UUAUGUCUGGUUUUCCCUUUUCUAUUGUUUCUUAACUCAGCUUGUCAACAAGGGUGGAUUGGCAACGGGACGCUCUGUUAUAAAUUGUUUACGGCAUCUCAACUGACAUGGGAAAACGCCAAGAAGGAAUGCGAAAAAUGGCAUACUAAUUUGGUAAAGGUUGACUCUCGUGAAGAAAAUGAUUUCAUAAAAACGAAUGUUUUGGCGACCGACACUAACGAUGAUUACUGGAUUGGACUUUCUGACUCUGCCAAAGAAGGUGACUGGAUGUGGACGGACGGAACUCGGUUGGGUUCGGUGCAUGGAUACAAAAACUGGGGAGACAACCAACCGGACAAUUACGGUGAUAACGAGGAUUGUGUGGUAAUACGAAGAGAAUCCGAUCCAAACUAUGACGGGAUGUGGUAUGAUCAACCAUGCUCAAGUGAAAAAAAAUACAUUUGUGAAAAUCCAUAG